AGACGGAUGAAGGCAAACACCACGCAGAGCUCGAGAUAAAGGCGUAUAUUAGAAAUGGAGAAUCAAGACAGAAAGUAAAAGACUCAGGAAGUCAGUGAGGGAAGUUUAGUGGUUUCUUGCGUCACAGACACUUUACACUGAAGCUUGUGCCGGUGCAGAGAGAAAGGUAAGGACUGGAGGCUUUUCUCUAUUCUUUUCUGUGUUUCUCAUCUCGAUUCUUCAUUCAGGUUCGGUUUUUAAAGAUGCCAGAUCCUACGCUCAUAGGAUGUUAUCGGCUCAUAAGGGGAAAAAGGCCUGGGUUUAUUUGAUGAUGUGAGCGUAAAGCACUCGUGGCCUUCAGAUCUGAUCAGUCAUUUCCGCAAGAGCACCAGAGAGGAACAAACUCGCCGAAAAACACAGACGAACGAGAUGCAAAACCCUUCAAAAGGUGUCGGAGGCAUCAAAACCGUAGCAGGAUUUGAAACGAUCUUCUUGGUUUCUUCUGGAAAGAUAUGAAGAGCUUGUAGAAAGCGUGAGGGUGUGGCCUUCAACUGGUGCAAAACUCAGAAAGUAAGAAGAGGAAACGCUGUGAGAUUGGCACGCGACCCAGCCCAGCGCUGACACUGAGCUCUGAUGGAGAUGUGAAGCUCUGCUGUGCUUCAUCAGACCGUAUGUCACGCUUCGGCAAACCAAGCCUUACAUGCAUUACUUUUUGUCUUAAGAUAUAUUUCAUAUCUCUGGAUAUGAUGCGUCCGUUCCAUCCAGCAGUGAUGCACGAUGUAGUUGAUGAGUGAAUGUCAGUGAAUGAGACGCUCCUGGACGAGAAUCAGGAUUAAACUCAUAUAAUACCGUCAGAUAUUCAAGAGCAGCCGUCAUGUGAGGUGGACCUUCAGUGAAUCACACAAACACUCAUUAGAUCACACACACACACACACACACACACACACACACACACAAGGCCUGGAUGUUAGAGAGCAGGUGAAGGCAAAGCAAGAUGAGGAGAGGCCGGAGAAAAGGAGGCAGUCGGGAUAAAGUGUUUGGAUGUGAUCUGCUGGAGCACCUCAGCUCCACCGGACAGGAGAUUCCUCAAGUGUUACGCAGCUGUAGUGAGUUCAUCGAGAAGCAUGGGAUCGUCGACGGGAUCUACAGACUGUCUGGAGUGUCCUCCAACACACAGAAACUACGGAGUGAGUUCGACACUGAAGGAUCUCCUGACCUGUGUAAGGACGUGUAUCUGCAGGACAUUCACUGCGUCAGCUCUGUGUGUAAGGCGUAUUUCAGAGAGCUGCCCAACCCUCUGCUCACAUACGAGCUGUACGACCGCUUCGCCGACGCAGUGGCGAUUCAGCUGGAAGACGAGCGGCUGGUGAAGAUUAGAGAGGUUCUGAAGGAUUUACCAGCUCUUCACCACAGGACUCUGGAGUAUUUGAUGCGUCAUCUGGUCAAGAUGUCCACAUUCGCCUCUCAGACCAACAUGCACGCCAGAAACCUGGCCAUCGUCUGGGCCCCAAACCUCCUCAGAUCGAAGGACAUCGAGUCGACCGGUUUUAACGGCACCGCUGCGUUCAUGGAGGUCCGGGUCCAGUCCAUCGUGGUGGAGUUUGUUCUCACUCACGUGGCCGAGCUUUUCCCUGGAACCGGAUUGAGCGUGGAGCGCCGGAAGUCCCUCCCAUCUCCCUCCAUACUGUCCGUUCCAGAGGAUCCUUUCUUCAAGUCUUUCUCGGGACUCUGUCCAGGGAACCUCAGUCCAGGAGACGGACCUCCGGCCAUGCGGCCGUACCACUCUAUUAUUGACAACACUGACAAGAGGAAGGGCUCCCUCAAAGGAAGGAAGUGGAGAUCCAUCUUUAAUUUGGGCGGGAGACUCCAAGAUCCACGCAAGAAGAACAAAUACUGUCCUAAAGAUAAAGAGAAGACGGCUCUGAGGCCGGCGAAGAGCAUGGACUCUCUGAGCUCAGGUCCUUAUGCAGUAGACGAUUCCAAACAUCCUUCAGCUCAUCUUCCUCUGGUUCUGUCCACGGCGUCGGGCAGCUCAGAGGGCGUGGCUUCUGCCGGAGGGGGUGUGUCCAGCGGAUACGCCGUCACUUAUAGGCGAACGGGCGGAGCUCAGGUCAGCAUGGUGAGCGGAGGAACCCCGGGCACUUAUAACCGUCUGGAGUCUGGGGGCGGAGCCGAGGGGGCGGAGCUGAGGGGUGUGGCCAGAUCGCCCGGAAUGACCAGCAAAGCAGACCGGCGCGCCGGGAUACACAUAUCAGGGCCAUUUUCAGUGACCGUCCCACUUCAUAUAACAUCUGGACUGGCUCUGGGUGUCCUGCACGGCGGCUGGAACGAUAAGGAACAACCCCUGCAAGGAGACGAAGCAGAAGAUGAGGACAUUAAGAGCACAGAAACAGAGACGGAGUCCACAGAUGGAAAUCCACAGAGCAAAAAUGAUGAUGUUCAAGAGAGGGAAAGAGAAGCCAAUAGUUCUGUGAAAAGCCAGUUGGAUUGUGGGAAGGAUAUGGCAGAGAUUACAAGAAAGGAGAACGACAUGCCAGAAAAAGGAGACUCACCGUGUGGCAAAGAAGCAGAGAAAGAAAAUCUGAGCCAGAAUCAAGAGUCUAUGAAGGAAAAUGUAAAAGACACACAACCACAAACCAAAGUGGAAACCACAGAAGAGGAUUACAUGGACAUGAGAGGAAACCUCCGUCAGCAACCCCUCAGUCCGCACUACGAGGACAUGGAGUUUCCAGACCCGGAUCUGCCACUGGAUUUCCAGGAAGCUUUUGGGUUCUUGGAUUCGAUGGACAGCUGUGUUGGAAACCAGGUUGAGUUUUCAGUCGAGGCGCCUUUUUUUGAGAAUGAAUACGAGGAAGAGGAGGAUGAAAUCAAGGACAAUCAGGCCAUUUCCGGUCCGUCGCUAAACUGCACUAAUGACUAUCAAACACCUGCAGCCAAAAGCAGCAGCCCAUCCUUCACACACAGGCCUCUUCCUGGAAAAUCACACAGCCUGCCGUAUAAGUCCCGCCCCUUCCUGCCGGCUCUGUCAUUAUCCUCAGAUGACGAAUACAGCCCUGCUGAUGAUGAUGAGUCUGAUAAAGGAUCUGAAUAUGAGGACAUGUUUUGUCAGAGUCUCCCAGCCGGUCGGGCUUAUCAGGGACUGUCUUGGUUGAGUUCACAAACCACCUCUGGUUCGUCUACUAGCAGCAAUGUAGAUCUUCACACUAGUAACCAAUCAAACGCACUUCCUCCAGAGAACAAUAAUGAUGCGCAAUCCCUCGACCAAUCAGAAGACGUGAUUCCUGCAGCUUCUGUAUUGAUCGACAGUAGUGAACCCGCUUUUGAGCCACUGCUUAGUGAAGAACAUCUCAGUUCAGAUGCAUUGAAGACAGAUGAAGUGCGUAUGGAUGAAAAGAAGAAUGAAGAGAGACAUUCAAAGGAUGUGGAGAAUGAUAAACACACACUGAUUGGAGAAGAUAAUCCAGAGAGCGAAGCCAGUGAAGAAGACACUUAUUUUGGACCGGACUCGAUUCCUUCUUCACCAGAACCCGACCAAACUGAGACUAACAGCACCAGUGUUCCUGAGCCCAUCCCAGCACUGUCUCCAGCCGAAGAUGCUCAUCAGGUGCUGGAUGCUGACGGUUACCACGGUAACAGUGAGGUACCAAUCACCGCUGAGCUCACGGAUGCAGACCGCGUCUCGCUGGCUCCUCUGGAGGAACAAACACAGAUUAUCAACGAAACAAAGACUGAAGAGGGUCAAACGGAGGAGGAUGAGAAGAGCGAAGAAACUAUGAAAGUUGUGAGGAAUAUGGAGGAAAAUGAAGGAGAAGAGUGUGAGAACAACAACAAAACAGAUACAGGUGAAGGAAAGUGUGAAGAUGUUGAGGAAGAUGCAAAAGCUGGAUCUGUAGAAGAAUGUAGUGAUGGGAAUGAAGAACAAAAACAAGUGAACAGGACUGAAAGAAAAGAAGAUUUGGAUGAAAAUAGUGGAGAUUGUGAGGAAAAUGCAAAAGGAGGACCUGAAGAAGAAGCCAAAAGACAAGAUUUAGAGAAAAACAGUGGAGAAUGUGAAGAAGGAGAUGAAGAACAUGCAAAAGAAGAAGAACAAGAGGCUAAAAGACAAGAAGAUUUAGAGGGAAAUGGUGGAGAAUCUGAGAAGGUAGAUGAGGAACAUACAAAAGAACGAGAACAAGACAAAAACGAAGCUGAAAGACAAGAAGAUUUAGUAGAAAAUAGUGGAGAUUGUGAAGAAAAUGCAAAAGAUGGAUCUAAAGAAGAAGCCAAAAUACAAGAUUUAGAGAAAAAAAGUGGAGAAUGUGAAGAAACACACGAGGAACAUUCAAAAGAAGGAGACCAAGACAAAAACGAAGCUGAAAGACAAGAAGAUUUAGCAGAAAAUAGUGGAAAAUGUGAGGAAAAUGCAGAAGAUGGAUCUAAAGACGAAGCUAAAAAACAAGAUUUAGAGAAAAACAGUGGAGAACGUGAAGAAAUACACGAGGAACAUGCAAAAGAAGGAGAACAAGAGGCUAAAAGACAAGAUGAUUUAAAGGAGAAUAAUGGAGAAUCUGAGAAGGUAGAUGAGGAACAUACAAAAGAAGAAGAAAAAGAGGCUAAAAGACAAGAAGAUUUAGAGGAAAAUAGUGGAGAUUGUGAGGAAAAUGCAAAAGAUGGAUCUAAAGAUGAAGCUAAAAAACAAGAUUUAAAGAAAAACAGUGGAGAAUGUGAAGAAAUACACGAGGAACAUGCAAAAGAAGGAGAACAAGAAGAUAAAAAAUUUAAAGAAAAUAAUGGAGAAUCUGAGAAUGUAGAUGAGGAACAUUCAAAGGAAGGAGACCAAGACAAAAACGAAGCUGAAAGACAAGAAGAUUUAGCAGAAAAUAGUGGAAAAUGUGAGGAAAAUGCAGAAGAUGGAUCUAAAGACGAAGCUAAAAAACAAGAUUUAGAGAAAAACAGUGAAGAACGUGAAGAAAUACACGAGGAACAUGCAAAAGAAGGAGAACAAGACAAAAACAAAGCUGAAAGACAAGAAGAUUUAAAGGAAAGCAGCGAAGGAAACUCUGAGGACGACGUGAGCGUAAAAACAGAAAGUUCUGUUGAGGGAAAUCUUUCUGCUGAUGAUCUGGAAAAGUCCACAUUCGUGCAGCGACCAGACGAGAUUCAACACGAACAAACUGAAAGCAAAGAGACAGAAGAAGAGACGUCCGAUCAGAUCUCAGCGGCACCUUGCAAACGAUCUCCACGCAAAGCUGCGAAUCCGACGAAAGCGGUUCCUGUCGUCCCUCCCAAACCUCAGAACUCCAAACUCACGGCGUUCACGCUCAGAAAACAGCUUCAGCACAGACAGCACGACGAUAAAGGAGCGCAAACCGACCAAGAACACGCAACGGAAACUAAAACGGCGCUCAGAGACGUGGACGAAAGCGCAGAGAACGGGACGAAGCUGGACACCGAGGGUCCCAGAGAGAGACGAGGGACGUGGGACAGUGAGGCGGAUCGCUGGAGAGACGCGGAAAGAGAAGCCAAGAGGAACAGCGGCAUCAGCAUGUGUUUCGAUGAAGCUGUGGCUCGAGCCACGGAGAAGAGGAGCAGAGAGAAAGAAAGCACAGAGAGACUCUCCGGAGCGCAGUGGGACAGAGAGAGCUGGAAAGACGGGAAAACUGACUGACGUGUAAAAUAUUAUGUGCAAAGUAAAGGGUUCAAAUUUUCUUUCAAUAUACUCAUUUUCACAAGAUAAAUAUAUAUAUAUAUAUAUAUAUAUAUAUACACACACUAUAUUGGCAAAAGUAUUGGCACCCCCUUCUAAUGAACAGGUUUGACUACUUUAGUAAUUUAGUAUGCUUAAUGUUUAAGCAUAUAAUGGUAUUCUUGGGAAUUGUGUGCUUCUAAUUUUAUAUAGCAACAGAUUGGACAGGAGCCUUUUCUAUUCUAACAUGAUAAUGUGAAUAAGGCAAGGUUCAAAAAGAAAUGAUUGAUUGAGUCAGUGUGGAAGAACUUGACUGGUCUGCAGAAACCUUUAAGAGCCAAAAACUCAUCACCAAACACCAAUGACUUGUACAUUGACUAUAUGGACAAAAGUAUUGGCACCCCUUCUUUAGAACAGAAAAGGGCACUUCCAAAACUGUGACAACAAAGAUGGAAACAAUUCAUGUGUUAAAAAAUUGUAUUUCCAUCUCUGUUGCAACAGUUUUGGAAGUGUCUGAAAUGACGGUACCCAUAUGUGCAAGUCGUUGGUGUUUGGUGAUGAGUUUUUGACUCAAGGUCUGCAUCUGAAGUCACACCAGAGGUGUUCAGCUGGGAUUCUGCAGACCGGUCAAGUUCUUCCACACUGACUCAAUCAAUCAUUUCUUUUUGAACCUUGCCUUAUACACAGAGUAGAAAAGGGUCCUGUCCAAACUGUUGCUAUAAAAUUAGAAGCACACAAUUCCCUAGAAUAUUUUUAUAUGUUUAAACAUUAAGAUUUGUACUCAUGGAAAUUACUAAAGUAGUCAACCCUGUUCAUUAGAAGGGGGUGACCCAAUACUUUUGGCAAUAUAGUGUAUAUAUAUAUAUAUUGGGGUUGUAUAGUGGAGAAGUGCAUCUCAAAUCAUUGAAUAAAUAUUUUUAUCAUUUAUAUCUUAAUAUUCAUACAAAAUAAAAUGGUUGUUUACAACUCAGCCACUCUAUAAAUAUAAACUAGUUUCAAACGAACACAUUCAUAUUCAGACUGGUUUAAUGCUUUAAUCAUUGUGUUGCAUUGCGCAUGCAUUCAGAAACUCAGGAACAAAUGCAUAAGAAGCCAAACACAUCUGCUUAAUUGAGACAAAAAGACAAUCUGUAUAUGAUGUUUCAUGUACUUUAAUCUCUGUAUACAUUUCUGAACAUUCUAUGCAUUUCAUUUUAAUAAAUUAGUAUUUUCAUUAUAAAUAUCUCUGUGUAUAUAUGGUGUACGCUUUUGCUGUUUUCACUUAAUUAAAACUCUUAUUCCCCAGAUAUAUAUGUCAAGCACUCAGGAUUUCAACAAACCCACUUUAUUUUUAACAUUAGAGCCAUUUGCGAAAAAAUGCUUUUCUUACUUUG